UAGAGCAGCCAUGGAAACAUUUGCUGGUUAUUCAUUGGUUCUUUCAAACCUUUGCCACCCCUAUUCCACUGGCACAUGGCCUUACCUGUCUCCCUAAUCCUGGCCUAGGAGAUCUCAGGCACAGGAUGCAAGGGAGGGUGAGGGGGAUGGACGUGGCGCUGGUCAAAUUUGAAACCUUGAACGAUGUCAAGGUCGACAUGGGUGAGAGAGGAACACCGUCACCCCUGCAGAAGAAGACUUUCUUGUUGGAAGAUGGGUCUCAGUGCAGCCCAAGCCACAAGCGACCACAUACCCCUCAUCAGUCACCACACAGAGCCCGCCGGAGCAUAACUGCUAACCCAGAGAAACUGCAGCAGCCACUGUCGCCAACCAGGAGGGGGCGCCCGAGUUGCGCUAGCUUGAACUCCAACUGGAGGCUUCUGCUGAACAGUGAUGGGGCAGAAGGUGAGCGUCUCUUCGGCCAGCUGGCCACAGAAUACAGCGAGGAUCUGAUCAUGAACAGGCUAGCACUGGAUGAUAGCAAUCAGAAGGUCACCAUAAACAUUGCCGGCCUGCGUUUUGAGACGCGCCUUAAGACACUGGACCAGUUCCCGGAGACUUUGCUAGGGAAUCCCAGGAAAAGGACAAGGUACUUUGACCCCAUGAGAAAUGAGUACUUCUUUGAACGCAACAGACCCAGCUUUGAUGGAAUUCUUUACUACUACCAGUCCGGUGGCAAGAUCAGAAGACCAGCAAAUGUGCCUCUGGAGCUUUUUUCAGAUGAGAUCAUCUUCUUUGAAUUAGGCAGCGAGGCAAUGGAUCAGUUCCGGCACGAUGAAGGCUUCAUCAAAGAGAUGGAGGUGCCUUUGCCUUCCAGUGAGAUCCACCGGCAGUUGUGGCUUCUGUUCGAGUUCCCUGAAAGCUCCAACGCGGCAAGAGGCAUAGCAAUAGUGUCCAUCUUUGUCAUCAUCAUCUCCAUUAUCGUCUUUUGUCUGGAAACUCUACCAGAGUUUCGAGAUGACGUGGGGAUCUUUCCAACCUCCUUCCAGUUCUUCAACCACUCACAGAAAAUACCUAAAACCAUAGCUUCCACAUUCACCGAUCCCUUCUUCUUAAUCGAAACAGCUUGCAUCAUCUGGUUUUUCUUUGAGCUCUGCAUACGUUUCAUUGCCUGUCCCAGCAAGAAGGAUUUUUUCAACAACAUCAUGAACAUCAUAGACAUCAUCUCCAUAAUUCCCUACUUUGUCACCCUGGUGAUGGACAUAACAACCAACAUGGAUACUACCUCUACCCAGAACAUGUCUCUGGCCAUCCUUCGUAUUAUCCGCCUGGUGAGAGUCUUCCGAGUUUUCAAGCUGUCUCGGCACUCCAAAGGACUGCAGAUCUUAGGCCAGACGAUAAAGGCGAGCUUGCGUGAACUGGGCCUGCUCAUGUUCUUCCUCUUCAUCGGGGUCAUCCUCUUUUCCAGCGCCAUUUACUUUGCUGAGGCUGACGAGCCCAACACUCAGUUUAACAGCAUCCCGGACGGCUUCUGGUGGGCCGUGGUAACUAUGACCACGGUGGGCUAUGGAGACAUGUGCCCCAUCACCAUGUGGGGCAAGCUGGUGGGAACCCUGUGCGCAAUAGCUGGGGUGCUGACUCUCGCCUUCCCUGUACCUGUCAUCGUCUCCAACUUCAACUACUUCUACCACCGGGAGACAGAGCAGGAGGACAAGCUGCCCUUUCAGGACAAUGCAGAGGUGUCUGCCACCACCAACAGACCGGCCCUCGGCUUCCCCAUCCGAGACACCGUGGGGGUGGGAGGUGAGGUAGGGGUGGAAUCUGCGCCCCAGCCAGAAAAGCCGUCGAGGGAGGUGUCGCUGGAUGAUGUGACCUCCACCCCAUCUCCCCACGUGCAGCUUGAGUACCCCUACUCCCCCAUACUGCUGAAUCAUGCCGCAGGUGCUCUGACCGGGAGCGAGUCAACAUGGGAAACAAAGGAGAGAGCGGACGCUCCGGGGCAGCGGAACAGCGCCGGGCGCUUGUCUGCGGUGCACCUCGUGCAUCUGAGAGUGAAAGGGGACCGCAAGAGGGAGCUGGAAUGGGCCAGACGUGACCCCGAAAAGCGAUGCUGGUGUAGGAGCAAGCCUGAGGCGAUAGCGGCAAGGAAAAACUGCCUCUAUCAGGAAAAAAAGCUUGAGAGGAACCGAGACUCGGAAGGGGACCCCGUCCUCCUCUGGGCGACCGAGGAGAAACUGGCCUCACGUCUGGCUGCAGAUUUGAUUGAAUUGGUGAAAGGCUGUAGUCACACUCCCAUGAUGCUGAAUUAG